UUGUGGUUUUGGUGCUCGUGUUACACAGCUUCGUAACUGAGUUAUUUAAGCCAAUAACUCAGCCACAAAUACAGAUCGACCAUUCAAAUGCAAUAGCAAUGCUGAUUCGGAGGCGAAGGCGGUUAAGAAGCCUUAACAAAAGGACUGGACGGCGACAAGCACACGCUCUGGACAUGUUGCGUCGUAGGACGGCUGAGGAGGAUGACCGUUAUCACGCCCAAAGAACAGCAAUGAUAUGCGAAUACUAUGGAACGCGUCGUGUCCCGCGCUUUCUCUGGGUGAACAAUAGAACGUCGGCCUGGUGGGAAAUGGUGGUGCCAACGUACACCAAUGUGCAGUGGAUCAAAGAUUUCCGAAUGUCCAAGUGCUCUUUUCAACUGCUCUGUAUGCGCCUGGAAGCAACGUUGGGGAGACGCAACACCAACUACCGGGAGUGUGUACCCGUGCCUAAAAAAAUCGCCAUAGCACUGUGGAAACUUGCGACCAACUCUGAGUACAGGACCAUCUCUCAUUUGUUUGGAGUCGGCAGAUCUACGGUGUGUUGCUGUGUGCAGGAGUUCUGUUCCGCUGUUGUGACGCUACUCCUUCCUGAGUUCAUGCCAUGGCCGAACUCUGAGAAGUUAGAGGAGAUGGCGUUAUAUUUUGAGGGCAGAUGGGGUGUGCUACAGUGUGUAGGUGCAGUAGAUGGAUCACACAUCCCUAUUCUGAGACCAGAGGAAUACCACAACGAGUAUUUCAACCGCAAAGGCUGGCACUCGGUCAUCCUGCAGGGUGUUGUGGAUGGUAAGGGCCUCUUUUGGAGUGUUUUUGUUGGCUUACCAGGGAGCAUGCAUGAUAGCAGAGUGUUCAGCUUGUCAUCACUGGUUAGUUGUGUGGAUAGAGGUGGUCUACUUCCUCAUGUAACAAAGAAUAUUGGUGGACAUGAUGUGGGUUACUAUAUCCUUGGUGACUCAGCCUACCCCCUGCAAAGAUGGCUGAUGAAACCUUUCCAAGGAAGGCUCACACCCCAGCAACAUGUGUACAACCGCAAAACAAGCCGAGCACGAGUGGUGGUGGAGAACGCUUUUGGCAGACUGAAGGGCAGAUGGCGGUGCUUGAUGAAGCGAAACGACUGCAACAUGGACAACAUCAAAAUCCAGGUGGCAGCAUGUUGCGUAUUGCAUAACCUAUGUGAGCGUCGUGGUGAUGAGUACAGGGAGGAAUGGACUGCCUUACCGGCGACCCAGCUUGAUGGGCCAGCGCCAGACAUUGUUGAGGACCGCACCAUACAGGUGAAAUACUGA